AUGCCACAAUCCUCUGGGUGGCCUAAUCAAGACCUUGGCAUGUACGUGUUGGCUCUUCUCUGUGUCUUUUCCCUGGCCGUCGCCAUCGAGGUAUUGUCCAUCUUGCCGGCUAUCAAGCCCGGCCACAUACCGAUUGCGGGUAGGAUGAUUCAGGCCACCGUCUAUGCUUUUCGCAUGGCCUUGGCUUACCUAGUCAUGCUCUCUGUCAUGUCCUUCAACCUUGGAAUCUUCGUAGCCGCGGUGGGUGGCCAUGCCGUUGGGUUCUUUCUCGCCAAGACUCCUGCCCUUCCCAAGGCCGAACCUGCUCAUGAGACCAUGUCCUCCACCACAUUAAUCACUCCUAAUGUUUGA